GCUGAAUCUCUCUCUCUCUCUCUCUCUAUAUAUAUAUAUAUCUACAUACAACUAUAUAUAUAUGUAUAUAUAUAUGUAAACUCAUAUUGUGGGAGGAGAUGAAAGGGUUAAUUUUCUGCACAAACCUCAACUUUCAAGGCCUCAUGUUGUCAUCAAUCAACACUCUUCAAUCUUAAUAACAUCAAAAAAAAAAAAAAAACAUUUGGUGUUAUGGCGGCGGCGCUACCUCAGAUCCCGACGGCGCGAGACGGAGGCGUCGGCGGCCUCCGCCGCUCCUUCUCGACCAAGGACCUGCAGCGACGCGGCAUGAUGCGGCGGUCGUAUUCCGACAACCACAUCAGAGCGUCGCUGCAGGUGCAGCCGAACCUGAAGAGCAGCCGCUCCCACAGCGGCCUCUUCAACAUCCAGCUGUCUCCGGGAGCGAUGAUCCCGGAGACGCUGAAGUCGUUCCUCUUCGAUCCAGAGGAGACGGAUUUGAAGAGGAUCGACGAUCACGAUCACGAUCACUACGGUGAUCGUGAUCGUGAUGAGAUGGAGAUCAAGAAGAGGGGCAAUUGGAUCGAGAUGAUCGUGGAGCUCAGGAAUAAGUGGAAGGGGAAUAAAAACGACGACGUCGAGAGCUACGUCGACGUCGGCGAGGGCUGCGAAGUCGAAUACGACGACGACGACGACGACGAAGGCGGAGGCGAAACGGCCGUCGAUAAGGAGACGUUUUCGUCUCUGCUGAGGCACGUUUCGUGGUCGGAUACGAAGAUGUUCGCGCAGCUUGCAUUCCUGUGCAACAUGGCGUAUGUGAUCCCAGACAUGAAGAGGGAGGAUUUGAGGCGGCAUUACGGGCUCGAGUUCGUGACGUCGUCUCUGGAGAAGAAGGCGGCGGCGGCGGCGAUCAGAGACAAAGUCGAGCCGGAUUCGGUGCGAGCGGAAUCGUCGACGUCGUCGGCGGAGGUUGCGUCGUGUUCGUCGUCGGCAGCUUACGAGAUCGCGGCGACGGCCGCGUCGUACGUCCAGUCGCGGGCGAAGCACCUCAUCGCGCUGGGCUCGGAGCCGCAGCUCGGCGAGGAUGGGUCGGUGGAGGAAGCGGCGGAGGAGAACGAGCCGAGGAACCACAAGUCCGAGAGGGCGGCGUGCGUGGCCGCGUCGACCAUGACGGCGCUGGUGGCCGCGGGGGAGAAGGAGAAGGAGAAGGCGGCGAGGGACCUUCAGUCGCUCCACUCCGCCCCGUGCGAGUGGUUCGUGUGCGAUGAUCUCGACAUAUACACUCGCUCCUUCGUCAUCCAGGGAUCAGACUCAUUGGCAUCCUGGCAGGCGAAUCUCUUCUUCGAACCAACUAAAUUUGAGGGAACAAAUGUGUUGGUUCAUAGAGGAAUCUAUGAAGCAGCGAAGGGGAUAUAUGAUCAAUUCAUGCCGGAGAUCAAAGAGCAUAUAAACAGAUUCGGGGAGCGGGCGAGGUUCCGGUUCACGGGGCAUUCGCUAGGCGGCAGCCUCGCGCUUCUCGUGAACUUGAUGCUCCUCACGAGGAAGGAAGUGAAGCUCCGGAAUCUCCUCCCGGUGGUGACAUUCGGGUCCCCGUUCGUGUUCUGUGGCGGACACAAGAUCCUCGAGCAAUUAGGUCUCGACGAGAGCCACGUCCGUUGCGUGAUGAUGCAUAGGGACAUCGUCCCGAGGGCCUUCUCCUGCAACUACCCCAACUACGUGGCGCAGCUGCUCAAGCGUCUCAGUGGCACGUUCCGUUCCCAUCCGUGUCUCAACAAGAAUAAAGUGUUGUAUACUCCCAUUGGGAAGGUCUUCAUCCUGCAGCCACACGAGAAGUCGUCUCCGGCCCACCCGUUGCUUCCAGCGGGCAGCGCCCUCUACGAGCUGCAGAAUGGCAGCGCCUCCCUAACCAAGCGCGCGUUUAGGGAGUUCCUUAACUCGCCUCACCCCCUCGAGACGUUGAGCGACCCCACCGCUUACGGCUCCGAGGGCACGAUCCUGCGGGACCACGACUCGAGCAACUACUUGAAGGCCGUGCACGAAGUGAUAAGGCAGCAUUCGAGGGCCUUCGUGAGGGAAGCCAGGAAAGAGAGGAACCAAAUGUGGCCACUCUUGACUUCAAGAUCACCACAUGCUUGGCGCCACACUUGUGAAAUAGAUGAAAAAGUAUUAACUCGAGUUUGAGAUAUACUACUCGAUGUUGAUGUAAACUUGUGUAUUUGUAAGUUUCAUGUAAAUAAAAAUCCACAGAAACUUGCUUGCCA